GGGAACAGUACGUCAGAUUGGUUCCUCAUCAGACAAGAAAACACCCUUUCUCGUGUGCUUAUUUUGGACUAUGCAAGAAGUCAGUGGAGACUGAUCUACAAAAUGCAACUGGUGCAACUGGUGCAUGAAAAUACCAAGUAUUAAUACUGAUACAAUAAUGCCAAUUUAGGCUGACCACUGGAAGUGACAAUUUCACUCCCACUUAAAUACGUCCAUUUCUCUUCCAUUUUUUGCAAGAAUCCAUCAUGUCUAAACUGGGUAUUUUGUACAUUUUGUGGUGCGUGGUCAGUUGCAUUUUGGCCGCACCGAAUGAGACCAUGGAUAAUACACUCAAAGGUAGUACACCUGGAAAUAAAGAGAAAUUAAAUGAUCAAAAUGAGACUCUUGAGGAUGAGAUGGAUAACCAAGAGAACAUUCUUACGCAGCUGCUGGGUGAUUAUGACAAAGUGAAAGCGCUUUCGGAAGGCUCUGACUGUCGCUGUAAAUGUGUUGUCAGACCCCUGAGCAGGAGCGCCUGCCGGCGAAUCGAGGAAGGCAGCGCCAAGGCUCAAGACUUUUACACAGUGGAGACUGUGACAUCGGGGCCGGACUGCAAAUGCGCAUGCAUUGCGCCUCCUUCGGCUCUGAACCCCUGUGAGGGGGAUUACAGGCUGAAGAAGCUCCAGAACGCAGGAGAAAAUGACGUUAAGCUCUCAACAAUUAUGGAAUUGCUCGAAGGCUCUUUUUACGGAAUGGAUCUGUUGAAGUUGCAUUCAGUUACAACAAAACUCCUCGGUCGUGUUGAGAACAUUGAAAAGGCAGUCUCUCAAAAUCACACCAAAGAGAGAGCCAGUCUUAAGAGCAGCUUUCCUGAGCAGGUGCAACCAAAGGAGAAACUGUCCCAGCAGCACAUGGAGAAGAGGAAGCACCCAAGUGAGCUGGGAGAUGCCGCUGCGGCCUAUGCACAUGCAGAGAAAUUUGAAGAGAGGUUUGUUGGAAGCCAGGGAUUCAGCCAGGGGUUCUCUAGACCCUUGCUGAAGAGAAGUCAGCCUGAAGCCCCCACAGUGGCCCAGAGGGCACCCAGCCGGGUGAUGACUGGCCCUCGCGGGGCAGUCAUCAGGGGGAUAACAUAUUAUAAAUCCAAUGCUGUGGAGGAUGGGGACGAGGAUGAGAGCUUAGCGGAGGAUGAAUUGCUGAGUGGUGAUGGUUCCAUCGAUAUGCUGAUCGAAGAUCAGCUCCUCAAGCACAGGCCCCCACCCACCAAGGCUAACAGGAGGGCGAAGCCAGUGGCUGUCCCACUCUCAGCUACUGCCACAGAGAGGGAGGGUACUCAGAGCACUCUGUUGACCCAGGCUCCCCAAAUGAACCCUGCCACUCAGGUGGGUUCCACCACAUCUGCGCCAGUUCUCACUGAGGGUUUCUCAGAGUCUGACACAAUCAGCCCAGCCACGAUGGAGAGAGCUACAGAGAAUGCAUAUGAGGCCACUGAGGCACCCACCAGUACAAACGCCAUUCUCAAGACCACAUUGGUUAUCCCUGAGACCACACAGAUUAUUGCUGAGAGUACACCAGCUAUUUCUGAGACCACAUCAGCCACUUCUGAGACCAUGCCAGCCAUUGUUGAGGAUACCCCAGCCAUUCCUAAAUCCACACCAUCUUUUUCUGACACCACACCACCGAUUCCUGACAUUACAUCAGCCAUUCCUGGGACCACACCAGCCAUUCCUGGGACCACACCUGCCAUUCCUGGGACCACACCAGCCAUUCCUAGGACCACACCAGCCAUUUCUGGGACCACACCUGCCAUUCCUGGGACCACACCAGCCAUUCCUGGGACCACACCAGCCAUUCCUGGGACCACAGCUGCCAUUUCUGGGACCACACCAACCGUUCCUGAGACCACACCAGCCAUUCCCAACACAACAGUGGCCUCUCUCAAAACCACAGUUGUCAUUGAUGACGGCACAAAAGCUAUCCCUGAAACCGAAACAGCAAUUCCCAGCACAACGGUGGCCCCUCUUAAGACCGCAACAGCAAUUCCUGAGACAACAACAGCCAUCCCUGCACAAACGACAGAGGCAAUUUCCAGCAGCACGUCUGCCGUUCCUACGACCACGGCAGACACCACGGUCGCCCCUACUACUGCCGCCACCUCUAUGCCAACUGCUCCACCAACUACCACAAGGAAAACGGAAUCAUCCACCUUGUUCCUGCUGACCACGUCGCCAACGAUGACGCAGAGACGGACAUCCACCACCACUGUCACACAAACCAGGACCACACGCAGGACAGCGGCACCCAGACGCAAGUACCGCAUCGACUGGACCGAGAGCUCAUCCGAGGAGAACUUUGGGGAAGUGCCCCCAGUCCCUUCUGGAGAAUGUAAAGACACUUUGGCCACAAUAGCCGAUCCUGUGACUCACAACACAUAUGGCCGAAAUGAAGGGGCAUGGAUGAAGGACCCAAAGGCAUCUGAUGACAAGAUUUAUGUCACCAAUUAUCAUUACGGAAACAAUCUGCUGGAAUUUCGGAAUAUGGAUAUUUUCAAGCAAGGACGCUUUACCAACUCUUACAAACUCCCUUACAACUGGAUUGGCACAGGUCACGUGGUGUACGACGGAGCAUUUUACUACAACCGAGCAUUCUCCCGUGACAUCAUCAAGUUUGACCUGCGAAGGAGGUACGUGGCGGCAUGGACCAUGCUUCACAAUGCCGUGUUCGAUGAAGCCAAUCCCUGGAGGUGGAGGGGCCACUCCAACAUCGAUUUCGCCGUGGACGAGAGCGGGCUGUGGGUCGUCUACCCCGCGAUAGACGAAGAGGCCUUCUACCAGGAAGUGAUCAUCCUCAGCAAGCUGAACCCGGCUGACCUGAGCAUCCACAGGGAGACGUCCUGGAGGACCGGCCUGAGGAAGAACUUCUACGGCAAUUGCUUCGUCAUCUGUGGCGUCCUGUACGCCGUCAACACCCACAACCAGAUGAACGCCAACAUCCUGUAUGCCUACGACACUCACACAAACACACAGAUGGUCCCCAGGCUUCCGUUUGUGAACAACUACACUUACACCACGCAAAUCGACUACAACCCCAAGGAUCGAAUUUUGUACGCAUGGGACAAUGGCCACCAGGUUACAUAUAAUGUCAUAUUUGCCUACUGAGAAGGGCACCCAGAAAAAAAUAGAGCAGUAUAAAAUGGUCUGACCGCAUUUUUGUAAAAAAAAAAAAAAUUAAAAAAGAAUAAAUUCUAUUUGUGUAAGUGGAUUGUAGAUCAGUCUACGCAGCCAUGUUUUCUGAUAUAGCAACCUUUUUAUAGCUUACUGUUCUGCCGUACACGUUUUGUGUUUUUAAUUUCUGUUUUUUGCACCAACUAUUUAAUGUUCACUUUUUACCUCCUGAUGAGCUGGCAAUUAAAUCACUUACUGAGGUAUGAGACGACUUCAUGGUAUUGGAUCAUAAAAAUAUACUUAAUAUACUGGAAUUUAAAAGUAAAACAUGCAAUGGAACAAAUGAAUGUAGUCUAGCAGUACUUUCUAGUCAUUUUGCACAAAAUUCAGCAGUUACAGCACAACAUGCAUUGCUAACAGAUUCUACUGCAAUACGUUUGGUUAAAAAUAAAAAUAAAACAGCUA